UGCGUAGACUCCUCCUGUGAUGUCACGACGUGUCACUUCCUGCCGUCAGACAGCCAGUUCGGGCCAGUUCACACUACUGCUGUAGUACUCAGUCUGUCUGAGCUGUCAACACACAGCCUCCACUCUGCCUGUUGCGACAUUUUUCUAUUGCACUUAGUUCAUUUUUCUCUUCAACGACGUUUUCCUUCAGAUAACAGCUCCUCUCGUCUCACUAUGACUCGGAGGUGAUCUUCAGAGGUGGUUCUGGGGUUCCAGGUUGGUUUGGUGAGAGAGCAAGCUAAUUGCGGGGAACAGGACCGCCUGGGGCUUCGUGUCCCUGGCUCUCAAGAAUUCACAUACACACUCCCACAAAGUGACAGUGCCCUCUUUGGCAGCUGGCUGGUCCUCAGGGACAACUGAGAGUGACUAAGGGAGGGGCUUGGCAUACUGUUCUGCAGCAUGGCGAAGGAAGAUCUUAAGGUCCUCAACAAAGGGGAAGAGGAGGAGAUGGAGCUGCAGGGCUACCGUUUUUGUCGUUGGCGGCUGGCCCUUGUGGGCAUCGGGGUGCUGUGUACAGGGGGCUUCCUCCUCCUGCUGCUCUACUGGAUGCCAGAGUGGUGCGUCAAAUCCACCUGCAACCGUACCACAGCCCGUGAUGCCGAAGUGGUAUUGCUGCGCUCCACAGACGAGUUCCGGCGCUGGUUCCUGGCCAGGGUGCGAGUGAUGCUGGCCCCGGGGAGUAAUCCCUUCCACAGCCUGGAGACCCAGACCACCUCCCCUACCUCCCCUUCCUCUCCAUCCUGUCCCUUCUCCUCCCCUUCUCUGGCAAACGGACAUACCCCCCACCCCUCUGAUGGCAGCCAUGCUCAGGAGAUCAUCAGAAGAUAUGCCGACUACCAGCCCACACAGAUUCGCUAUUUUACCUUCCAUAGCACAAAGUAUUAUUGGAACGACGGGUUGCAGAACUUUGACGUUUUUACUGGCCUGGAUGAUCUGCAGGUCAGUUGCUCCACCCUCCACUCAGAGCACAGUGCAGCCCUGACCAGGAACCAGCAGGAGUACAGGAGACUGUUCUUCGGAGUGAAUGAAAUUGCAGUGAAAGUGCCUUCUGUUUUCAAGCUGCUUAUCAAAGAGGUACUCAACCCUUUCUACAUCUUCCAGCUCUUCAGCGUGAUCCUGUGGUGUGCCGAUGAGUAUUACUAUUAUGCUGUGGCCAUUCUUUUCAUGUCGGUCAUAUCCAUAGCUACCUCUCUGUACACCAUCAAAAAGCAAUACGUCAUGCUUCACGAUAUGGUGGCAACUCACAGUGUUGUCCGUGUGUCUGUAUGCCGAGCCAGCAAUGAAAUUGAAGAGAUUUUGUCUACUGAUCUGGUGCCGGGUGAUGUGAUGGUCAUCCCCAGCAAUGGGACCAUCAUGCCAUGUGACGCCGUGCUGGUCAGCGGCACCUGCAUCGUCAAUGAAAGCAUGCUCACAGGCGAGAGUGUUCCUGUGACAAAGACCAACCUCCCAAACCCAUUGCCUGGGGAGAGUGGCGAGGAGGCUGACAGUGCCUAUAACACAGAGGAGCAUAAGAGACACACACUCUUCUGUGGCACCCACGUCAUCCAGACCCGCUUCUACACAGGCGAACUGGUCAAGGCUGUGGUGGUCCGCACAGGUUUCAGCACAGCCAAAGGCCAGCUGGUGCGCUCCAUACUUUACCCAAAACCUACCGACUUCAAGCUGUACCGUGAUGCCUACCUCUUCCUGUUGUGUCUGGUGGCUGUGGCUGGAAUUGGCUUUGUCUACUCCAUCGUCCUCAGCAUCCUGAAAAAGGUCCCAGCUAAGACCAUCAUCAUAGAGUCCCUGGACAUCAUCACCAUCACUGUGCCACCAGCGCUGCCAGCCGCCAUGACAGCUGGCAUUGUGUACGCCCAGCGACGCCUCAAGCACCUUGGCAUUUUCUGCAUCAGUCCACAGAGGAUCAAUAUCUGUGGGCAAAUCAACCUGGUCUGCUUUGACAAAACUGGAACUCUGACAGAAGAUGGGUUGGACCUGUGGGGAGUCCAGAGGGUUGAGAAUGGCAGUUUCCACCUGUCAGAGGAAAAUGCAUACAAGGAAAAUCUCGUCAAGUCCCAGUUUGUGGCUUGUAUGGCCACCUGCCACACUCUUACUAAAAUAGAGGGCCAGCUGUCUGGAGACCCGCUGGACCUCAAAAUGUUUGAGGCUACAGGCUGGAUCCUGGAGGAGGCCACUGAGGAGGAAACAUCUCUUCACAACCGUAUUAUGCCCACUGUGGUUCGACCCCCAAAACAGCUGUUGCCCCCAGAGCCUGCCGUAUCACCAGAGCAGGACAUGGAACUGUAUGAGCUCUCGUCUGCGUAUGAGAUAGGUAUUGUGCGCCAGUUUCCCUUUUCCUCAGCACUCCAGAGGAUGUGUGUGGUGGCUCGUCUGCUGGGAGAGAAACGUAUGGAUGCCUACAUGAAGGGGGCGCCAGAGGUGGUGGCUAGUCUCUGCAAGAAAGAGACAGUGCCAGAAAACUUUGCAGAGAUUUUGGAGGGCUACACCAAGCAGGGUUUCAGGGUCAUUGCUCUGGCUCAUCGUCGACUUGAAUCCAAACUCACCUGGCACAAAGUCCAGAAUAUCAACAGGGAUCACAUAGAGGCAAACAUGGAGUUCCUGGGUCUGAUCAUCAUGCAAAACAAGCUGAAAGCAGAAACCCCAGCGGUGCUGCAGGACCUCCACCGAGCCAGCAUCCGCACCGUCAUGGUUACUGGUGACAACAUGUUGACCGCCAUCUCUGUGGCCCGGGACUGUGGAAUGAUCCCUCCCAAAGACACAGUUAUCAUUGCUGAUGCCCUCCCUCCCCAUGAUGGACAAGCCGCUAAGAUUACCUGGAGAUACGCCGAGAAGCAGAGCAAGACAUCUCACCUGGAGGAAGUGAACAUCAGUCUGGAGGAAGUGUGCCACGUAGAUGAGCCCAAAACACAAGAGCUGUACCACUUUGCUAUGAAUGGAAAAUCGUUUGCUGUCAUCUCCGAGCAUUUCCCUGACAUGCUUCAAAAGCUGGUGCUGCAUGGGACAGUGUUUGCCAGAAUGGCCCCAGACCAGAAAACCCAGCUCAUUGAGGCGCUGCAGGGCGUAGACUACUUUGUGGGGAUGUGUGGAGACGGAGCAAACGACUGUGGGGCUCUGAAGAGGGCUCAUGGGGGCAUCUCUCUGUCAGAGCUCGAGGCCUCAGUAGCCUCUCCCUUCACCUCCAGGACCCCCAACAUCUCCUGUGUCCCCAGCCUCAUCAGGGAGGGGCGUGCUGCUCUCAUCACCUCCUUCUGUGUGUUCAAGUUCAUGGCCCUCUACAGCAUCAUCCAGUACAUCAGUGUCACUCUCCUUUACUCUAUCCUCAGUAACCUUGGAGAUUUCCAGUUCCUCUUCAUCGAUAUUGCCAUCAUACUCCUUAUUGUUUUUACUAUGAGUCUGAAUCCAGCGUGGAAAGAACUGGUGUCACGUCGUCCCCCAUCAGGUCUGAUCUCAGGGCCGCUGCUGUUCUCUGUGCUAACCCAGAUCCUCAUCUGCUUGGGCUUCCAGACCAUUACAUUCCUUUGGGUCCGACAGCAGUCCUGGUACACAGCUUGGACACCACUUACAGAUGCCUGCACCCUGUCAUCACAUGUUAAUGCGUCUGACCACAACAACACAGAGGUGGACGACCACAACAUCCAAAACUACGAAAACACCAGCCUCUUUUAUGUCUCCUCCUUCCAGUAUCUUGUUGUUGCUGUCGUUUUCUCAAAGGGCAAACCCUUCAGGCAGCCUAGCUACAAGAAUUGGCCUUUUGUGCUGUCUGCCCUGAGUUUGUAUGUUUUUCUGCUUUUCCUCCUGUUCCAUCCUGUCAAAAGUAUUGACACGUUUUUAGAGAUUGUUUGUGUUCCGUUUGAAUGGAGGGUAAAACUCUUCCUCAUCAUCUUAGUCAAUGCUGCUGCUUCUGUUUUGGUGGAGACCUUCAUCCUUGACAUCGUCUUAUGGAAGCUUGUGUUCAGCCGAGACAAACAGGGCAGCUUUGGCGUCACUCCUGUCGCUCCGACACCACAGGGUGCCGUUGACCUGCGAGCGUACAAGUGUCUAUCCCGGCUGUGCUGCCCAAGCAAGAUGGCACCCAAGGCUCGCUACAUGCAUCUGGCCCAGGAGCUCAGUGUGGACCCUGACUGGCCUCCAAAGCCAACCACCACCACUGAAGCCAAGUCCCUCCCAGAAAAUGGCUCCUCCUAUCAAAUAAUGACCAACUCCUAGCACCCCCCACAGCCCCUCACAGUAAAAAAAAAAAUCUAUCCCUUUCUUAUAGGAGACAUGCUAGCAUUUGACACAUGUUCAUUGAAUGCCGAUCCAAAUGAACGGUCACAGGAUUAUUGCUUGUCAUUACGGUUCACAGAGAUUUGCGUCAAAUACUGUAGUUCCAGAGAUGGUGUUGCAAAAUCCUUAGGAUUGCACAUAAGUACCAAAUAAAGUUAAGUUUCAGUUCUCACAGCACUCUCUCUGGCACAACCACUCGCACGCUCUCAGGUCUCUCUUGCUCGUCUUAAAUAUUAUAUAAACAUCAAUAAUUCCAAAAUCCUAAUUGCAAUGUUUGUUCACCAAAGCUGAGCAGCAUUCAACCCAGGCUUGGGGGAGAGGUGAUAAGCCAGCUCGAAUAUGCACAUUGACCUCUUCAGAUUGACUGCCAAAGCGGUUUUAAUAUCCCACUCCACUUUGUCUGUGUGAAAGAGGUAUAAAAGUAAGCCAAAUUCCAACUCUACUUCAGAGCUAUCUUCUGACAUACAUUGUCAUGUAAUGGCGUCUUCAGCUUUCAUUAGCAGCCACAGUACAAGAUGUCAAUUUUAGACAGAGUAAAAAAAAAAACGGAAUAUCAUGUCUGGGCCUUUCAGAAUGAUCGCUGAUAAAAAUAGAAUGUGGAGAAAGGAAGAAACAGAUGCUAACCUAGAAGAAGGGUUGUACUUUGGCCAUCUAGUAUGACCCACUGUUACUUAAACUGCGAGUAAGAUAAUUGGUCGAAAAAGAGUGUGGACGAGUUUAAGGAAGAGGGUGAAAGAAAGAAGUUUCAACGAUCUGAUCGUUUAGUUUUCAAAAGCAGCAGCAAGUCCACUGUGUGUUCGUGUUUCUGAGCAGCCACCACCUUACUUUUAGGAUGUUACAUAGUAACGUUUUACAGGUCUACCCUGUUGCAGGUGGUACAGGCUCUGAUUGCUACUAUGUAGUGGUCUUAUACAGUUAAUAAACAUCUAUAGUCAUUUUAAUGAGAUAGCAUUACCAUCUGGCAAGCACUCAUUGAAUUUAUUGAAAGGAUAGCCCCUUGAGAUCUAGCAUCUCAUUUUUAAGGGGGUCCUAUUUGAGAGCAUGGAAUCAUAACCAAAAAAAAAAGCUUUAAAGCUUACCAUUGAAUGAAAUUACUCACUUGAGAAACCAGUAAUUAAAUAGUAUUUUAAGCAAACUGCACGUUGUAGAAGAUUGGGGAAUCUUGGAACGGCUUCAAUCAACUUGUUGUUCAGUUGCACACUCCAGGCAGAAGCUCACAAGUAAAUGCACAAAUAGGCUCAUUGGCUGUCAAGAGCCAAUGAUACAGCUCUGGAAAAAUAUUGUAAAUUAAAUUGUGCAUUUACAGAUUUUGUAAGAUUUGGAAAUUGCACAAUAAGUGUGAAAAUAUUCAAGUUUUUUCAAAGCUGAUGGGACACUUAAGAGUAUUUGUAAAUCUGCUGUCAGCACCGUAAUCUGUAGCUUAAUGUUGUUCCUGGCCACUUUUCAGUUAAACCCUCGGAAAUUUAGAAAAUGACUUGAAAUGAAAGUGGGCUAUAAAAAUCGCAAGCCUUAAUUACAAAAUACAGUACAUUAUACAUCAGAUUGAUGAUUGAAACUACAAAUUGAUAAACAGCAGAAAGUAAUCUAAGGUUGCAUUUUCCUCAUAAUUUAGCCAAAAGUUUUAUACAUAGUCAAACAUUGCGGCUUGUAAAAAGUAAAGGACUUAAAGAGAAGAUCGAGGGAGACCGAUGUGCUCAUCUUCCCUCAACCACAGGCUGGGACCUGUGGCAGGAUCGUCAUUGUGCUUGUCAGAGUUUACCUUUUAGGGUUUUUAAUAAAGAUAUUAUGAAGAAAAAACUGAAAAAAAAAACCCUGACAAAAAUAUUAAUUUCAUCUCCGCUUUUUUAGGAAAGCUACUGCAUUCAUUGGUCUGUGCACCAACCGGUCAACAACACUUCAUAACAGGAUACCUCAGCUGUGAUUAUCCUAACAUAGCAUGCUAACCUACAAAAUGUUAGUACGUACGUGUUAGCAUACCAUACGUGUUAGCAUACCAUGCUAACAAGUUUGAUAGGGAACAUCACGGCCUUUUCCUCUGGCGCUCCCCUCAGGCAAUACAUUUGCCCCACUAGUGAUAAA